CGGCUUGGAAGAUUUGUUUAUUUCGCGGGAAACUGAAACGAAUAAACCAAACAAAAUAACUGUUAAAACUAAAAGAUGGAAAUUGAUAAAAUGUUAAAGCACGUUAGCGAUUUAAAUGAAUACAUCGCUAUUACUCAAAAAAUACUCUUGAUGCCUAUUAAUUCCAAAAUACAAUUCAAUAUGUCGACGGUUCUAUCAUUGAAAAAAGUUAGAGCUUUAGAAAUCGAGUACUUCAAUAAAUGUGAAGGAAAUGGUGCUGCGUUAUUAUUGUUUGAGAGGAUGUUAAAAUUGCCACCGUCCAAGUCGUGGGUUUUGCUUGGAAAGGAAUUGGCUUUGCUGCUGCAGUAUUGGUUGGAUGCAAUGCGGAAACAUUUGAUUAAACACAAUCAUAACUGGUGGAAUUUCAUGAAACUCCUACUCAAUUUUAUACAAUUCAUGAGAGUCAAAGACCAGUCCUUGUCUAAUAUCCUUGUGGAAUACACGGCAGAGUGUCUCUUAGAUUUGGCCACAGGAAGUGAGCCUGAUGUGCUACCAAGGCUUCAGAUUCUUGUUAGUCUUAACCUGUGCUGCCGUGACUGUAGCAGGGACACAAGAAAGGCAUUGAAAAAAUGUUUCGAGCCAUAUUUCAUGAAACUCUCCUCUUUAUUAGCCAGCUGUGGACAUUGGCCCACGCAGUAUGCCAUUAUGGAAACUUUGAUGAGAUGGUUGGUAGCGAGGCAUAAUCCUAUGGUAAGGCAAGAAGCUGCACCUCACUGGUUCCCUGAGAAAGUAUAUGGGAUUGAAGCUGUUGAGCUGUUUUUGAAAAGGGAUUUCCAGAAUUUUCAUUAUGAUGCCCGAGAUUUCUUGAAUGCUCACAACAACGUCACCAAUCGAGUCGUCUCAGUGGUCUGUCGGAAAGCAUCCAUUGGCGAUGCUGUGAUUGCUUCGAGUACAGAAAACAGAGAAGCAUGGUUGGACGUGAAUUGUGUUGACAAAAGUAUCAGCGUGGUCGCAGAACCAAAACUGUUGGACUCUCUGGGCUGCACCACUGAAUGUUCAGAAACGCUCAUACUGGCCGUCGAUAAUAUACAACAUUUGGAGAUUACCAAGGACUCUUCAGGGGUAGUAUUGUCCGUGUAUAUAUUGCACGCGGCACAGCUUUUCCCAUGCGGGGUGGAAAUGAAUGGACGAGAAUUCAAAGCUCAUAUCGCUUCUAAGCACGUUGAGAAAUUAGAUCGGGCUCUUCGCGGUAACUACGACCAUCGCUAUAAGCUUUUGCUAGAUCUGCUUACAUUGUCUUUGUCACCGCAAGACUUUGAAAGGAAAACACCUGGCUGCAUGGAAGAAGAUACACGGUUUUCUCAUCCUAUCGAAAGGCGUAAAAUACGAUCGGGGUAUAUGGUUAGAUCGCGACACCCAGGGGCAUGGAAGUCGCCGUCAACAGCCUCAACUAGUUCUUUGUCACAGCUGCACGAAAAGCUUGCUCAGUUGCCUCGUUAUAAUUUCGAUAAAGAAGCCGUCCACGUUUAUGCUUUACCCGAACUUUCUACAGUGACAGAAGUUAGCGAACCAGACGAUAGACAUAGCUUCGCAUCUGCUACCACAACGAAGAUCUAUAGACCUUACGGUGUAUGCCAGAAGAGAUUUACAGAUGCCAAUAUAAGAAAAGAGAAGAAAUACCAAAGCGAUGGGGAAUUACAGAAGAAAUCUAAAGUUGGCCGCCGCUUAUCUCCUACAGUUGAUGUCGAUGAGAAUUCGACUAGUUGCUUAUUAGUGGCAACUGUAGGAUCCGACGAAUCAGUCAUUAACGAAACGCUCGAGCGCUUCAAUAAAUCGAAGGAUUUUCAAGGAGACAACAUUGUUGAUCUUAUUGUACAAGAAGCUUUGAACAGGGAUCAAGAACAUAUUCUAGACAGCGGUAUUAAUACAGGUGAUAAUAGAAAAACGCAAGAACAAGAAAACAUCCAACUGAUUGAAAACACUCUUAUUGAUAAUCCGAAGGUCGUAGAGAAAACGUGCAUUGUUAUAAGCAAUACUACCACAGAUGAGUCAAAUGAUGUGGUUAAUAAUACUCCUUUGAAUUUUGUCAAUGUCACAAAAAGGAAGAAAGAGUUUAAAGAAAAGGCAAAAGUGACUGUAGAGAACCCAAAAGAACGGCCAGUAUUUGACGAGCAGGUCAUAGAAAACUUUUUCACUCAACAUUUGAACGAAACCCAAAGGGGAGAAGUCGUCAUAAGUCCAACUUUAGCGAGAAAGAUCAAUGAAAGUAGUUCAGAUAGCGAGCAUUUCGAUGAAUGCUUAUUUAACAAAGAUGUUAUUUUAAAUACAUAUUCAAAGGAAAUUGUAGACAUAAACAUUAUUGAGUGCCUUAACUGCAUGGUUAAUAAAGUUUGUAAUGAUUUAGAGAAAUGCACUGAAAUGUUUGAUAAGGAACUCAACAACAUAGGAUUUUUAGAGAAAGAAAACGUUGAAUCUAUUUCUAAAAACAAGUGCGAUUUGCAAGAGGUUUUAAAUGCCGAGAAUGUUAUCACGGAUUCUAAAAACGAUCCUGAAACUGUUGAUGAUUCGAAUAAAGAAAACAAUGAGCUAGAGUCUAAUAAUAAUUUACCUCUUACAGAUUCCAAAAAAACUGAUAAAAAUACACUAAAUAAUAAAGAAAAGACACCACCAAGAUAUGUGGUAACGCCAAAAAGGACUAUCAAAUUAAGGUACCCCACUAAAAAGGCAGAGAAAACGCGCGCCAAUCCAAAAAAGAAAAAUAAAAAAGCAGAAACCAAAGCCGUUUCGACAAUGCCUCCGACCAUGGCUGCCCGAAAUACAACCGAUGAAGAUCCAAAAAAAGAGAAUCAUAAUGAAACAAUUGAUUCGCCGACUAAUAAAUCUGAUUAUAGUUUACCUCUCGCUCGUAGAAAACGUAAAUUAUAUUCGCCCAAAGAAGGGGAUAUGGGGCAAAGACGAAACAAACAAUCAUCAGACGAAGACGAAGAUAAUGAUUUCAAAGUCUCAAAAAUCAAAUCCCCGCAUUUUAAAGGCACCUCUUACAAAGAUAUCGAAGAAGAUCGCCAAAAAUUGUUAACAAAACCACGUACAAGAAAAUCUUCUAAAACGGGACCCACUUUGUCGCCAAGGACGAAAAACAUUAACGACAUCUUCGACCACCUUAAAGAUAAGAUAGAAUCAAACGACUCUGUUAUUUUUGCUGACAAAAAGCUUGACAGAGAUUUAGCAGCAGUAUAUAAUUUCACGAGCGACAGUGAAGAUGAGGAUUUCAAAAAGAAGAAAAUUGAAGUACAAAAACGAUUUAGUUCAACAACUAUAGCUAGUGGUGAUUCUCUAAUAUCUACGCGUCAUUGCAGGACAGUCAACAGAAUAAACUACUCAGAAAGUAGAUCGUCUGAUGAAGUUAACAAGAAAAGUGUUCUUAAACCAAAAGGAAAGAGGCGUAAAAGGCAGACAAAAGCCCAGCAGCUAAAAAAAGAAUACAAUUUAGUAGAUGAGAGGAUGAGAAAAGCCACACCAGAAGAGUUAAAUACGUCGUUAAUAAUAGAGAAACCUUUGCAAAAACCUAUAGAAGAGCCUAAACUGAUACUGAACAAGCAACCUGUUAUGAUAGCAAUUCCUGAUGAGUCGUCAGUUGAGUUUGAAAAUAAACACGGUAACACCGAGAAAAAUAUUAAGAAAAACAAGAGAACACAGGCUCUUUCUCUUAAAAAAGAGAAAACGAAGAAUAAAAGUGCACCAAAAGAAAUAAUUGUCGACGAUGGAAGGGAGAGUCCCUUGCCCGGAUUAUUGGUUGAAACAAUGCCAAGAAAUCGAAAUGAUAACAAUGAUUCUAUAUCUGUGAAUAUGUUACAGAAAAUGCAGAGAAUACACCACGAGGGUCCUGAAACUAGUAUAAAUGAGACUAACACAACACAGAAUCUUAUCGGUGAUUUAGACAAGAUAAUUUGUAGCUCACCUCCAAUGAACAUAACAGAAGAAUUUAAUAAGAUUGAAAGUGAAACCAUUAUGGAUGAAACCAAUGUACAGACCCGACCGAACAAAAGAGCUACAACUAGAAAAGAUGAACCAAUUAUUUUAGAAGAACCAAACUUUAAAAUAUUAAGAAGAAUUAAAAAGGAACACAACGUUAAAAGCAACAAACAGAAAAACAGAGACAGCACUGAAAUAAUUGAAAUUUCUUACACCGAAGAUAAAUCGGAUAAAUCUAUCUCAACAGUAGGUGAUUAUCCAAUCAGAGCUCACUGUGAUAGUGAUGAAGCACCGCCCGACCCCAAACUCCUUACGCAAAAUUAUGAACAUAGAGACAUUGAAAUUGAAGACUUGGAUCAGUCUAUUAAAGACUAUUUUAAUAAACUAAGGAGCGAAGUUGUCCCUGUAGUUAGACACAAACCAAGCACCUCUGAUGAUACUCCAAAAAGAAAGAAGGAGGUCCAAUUAAAACCGAAAGAAAUGUUGCCUGUCGUUACAUUGUCGAAAUUGUCUAUUGACGAUAUUUCAACUUCUGAUGAUACUCUAAGAAGAAAGAAGGAGGUGCAAUCCAACCCGAAAGAAAAAUCGCCUGUAGUUUCGUUGUCGAGAUUGUCUUUUGACGAUAUUUCAAAAUGGCUGCCGUCUAGACGCAAUUCGGAUACAAACUCCAGUUAUUCUGCAGUCGAGAGUGAAAAACGACCCAAUUUCAAUGUUAACUUAAUGACGCACUCCAAAAAUCAUUCUGAUAAGAAUCCUAAAGAAAUCGAGCCAGCUAUAGAAAAUUUCGAUGAUAUUAUUUCUGAAAUCAAUACCAAGAGCGGUAAAAAGUAUGAAAUUAAGUCAAAAAAGCAUUCGAUAAAAGAACAAAGUAAGAAUGAAUCCAAAAUUUCCAAACCAAAAGAUUCAGAUAGUAACAACGCAGGAGAUAAAAGCCCAAUCGACAUAUCAAGGAAUUUUAAGACUCCGGAAAAACUACCAGACAAACGCGUAAAAGAUACAUCACCAAAACCAAAGAAAUGGCUUCGUUCUCAUAAUGAACAUGAUACACCAGUAAAACCGAAUACACCACAAGAAUUUACCGAUAAACAUCAAAAGAUAAGGAAAUCUGUUAUAUCUCCUAUUAAACUAUUUGAAGACAUAUUUCCUUCGACUGCAAACGAACAGUCUGAAGACGAAAACGAUAGUGUACCUAACGCUUCAGAAAGAGACAAGGAUAAAAAAUUAAGUAAAGUUACGAAAAAUCUAAAGGAAACGGAAGAAAAAGAAAACUUUGAUACAUCUAGCCCUGUAUCGAAAAUUAGUACGUCGACUAGAAUUAAUGCUGAUAUUACUAAUAGAUUAAAGAGGAAAUCUGAGAAUCAUCAAAUAGGUCACGCGAAGAGAAGACUGUUGGACAACACAGUCGCUGUGUUGUCAGAAAGCGAGCACAGCCCUUCCAGUGUGAUGGAGUGGUUCAGGAAGAAUACUCCCAUGAGUAGAGCUGAGAAUAUGAAUGCGUCGUUCACAGAAGCCAUACAAAACGUUAUGGAGAAAUUGGACACAACCCUCGCUGAGAUACACCAGCACACCAGUAAAAACUUCAUCCAUAUGUUUGUGAACGCCCAAAAUCGUCUCGCCGCGGAGAGACAAGAGAGGCGACAGAUGUUCAGAGCGGUCGCUUCCGAUAUAUUGAAAGAAGUUGUCAAAGUUGUGGACGCCAAGUUUGCAGAAAUUGAUCAGAGGUCGCAAGAAAUGAACAUGGCAUUCAUGAAGCAGCUAAAGACACAGGCUCUAGAACUGAUUCGGGACGACUGCAAGAAAAAGCAAGUUAUGGUUUCUCUCCUGAGGGAAGACGUGCAGGCAGUUUUAGACUUUAUGAAUAAGGCGCAAACGGAUAAUUGUUGAUUGAAACAAUAUAGUACUUAUUUUAAAAUAAGCAUUUAAUUAAAAAAUAAGAAGUGUAUGAUCUCAAAAAUGUUGUUUUUAAAUUUGCAUAAUGUCUAUAACAUGGUGUGGAAAUUAUAUAAUAUCAUUUUGUUUAAAUUUGCAUUUUAAUUGUUUUUUUUUUUAAUAUUUCUAAUAAUUGAUUAGAUGUUAAUAAGUACGAUUGUUGCGUUGGUAAUUUAAUUAAAAUGAAUUUAUUUUAGCGUUGUAUUGUGUUAAACUAAGAUUUUUUUUCUUGUUAAAGUUAUAAGAAUAAAUUAGUUUAUUAAAGAACAGUUAUUUAAAAUUACUUAUUGGAAUUUUAUUUUUUCGUGUUUCAGUGAAAAUGACGUUCCCGCGGGUGUCACAAUGUGAACUUCUCCGAAACGGUUUUGCCGAUUUUUUGAAUAUAUUUGGUAGGUCUGAGAAGAGCGUAGGCAAUUUUUUUGUACCCCUCGGUGAAAAGAGUGCGUCAGGACUCAGGACCGCUUGAGGUUUCUAAAAAUUGACGAGGUGUAUAUUAUAAAACUAUUAUAACACUACCUUUCUAUUAUGUAAAAAAGCGCAAAGUACUAUUUAUUUGUUCACAUAUACAAUUUUAUAAUGGAAAGAAAUAAAUCAAUUUUAUUAGCCUUAAACAUAGUCAUAUUAACAUAAAUAAAACAAGCCAAAAUAGGCCAAUUGGGUCCCUGCCUCAGCCUAAUACUAGAGCAACGCCAGGGCUGCUAGAGCGCUGAUGAUUCUGGCAAAUGUACAUCUCGUAAAAUUUCAAGCGGCUCUGACGCACACGGUGAAGAGGAUGAGAUUAUUUUCCGUUGUCUACGGGUCGCGGACAUAGCCAAUAUUUUUAAGAUGUGUGGAAGGCCCUUGUCCAUACAGACGUAAAAUGGAACUAGGACAUCUGAACUGUGAAAUAAAAUGAAGCAAUCCCAUUUUGGGUUUAUUUAUAUCAAGAUGUAUUUGCUUUAAUCUUACGAUUCAACUAAUUAACAUGUAAAGAAGAUAGGUAUGUUAAAUUCGAUACUAAAUAAAAGAACGGAGCAUGUUUAAAACUUAUUAUAUUUACGAAAAAUAAUUAUAUUUACAGAUACAACAAGUUAAUACUUAUAUAUAAAUCACUUAUUGUUGAAUAUAUUCUGAGAAAAUAAUUGUUUAAAACUAAUAGGGUACCUAUUUGACAAGUUUUAAAAAACGAUCACAUCCCGUAAUUUACUUAUAUUUAUGGAGUCCAUUAAAAGUGAAUAUUCAUCAUUCUGUUGUGUAUUUCAGUGAAAAGAUUAAAACAUAAACUUCAUUUUCUAGUUGCCGCGAUAAUUCUCAGGACAUGAAAAUGUCAAACUAUACAAUUAUGUAAUGACUUUUUGACCGGAAGUUUACUAGCGUGUGACGUCAUUUUAGUCUGCCAAUCCUAUCCGUUUUCGGUCACGUGACCAUAAAAAAACUUUUUAAUAGUUUUCUAGAAAAUUUGUAAAUUAUUUGUUAUCUCAGAAUAGUUAAAUCGCUGCUAAUAUUCAUAUCAAAUACAGAUGCCAACUACUGGUACUCUAUUUUUCAUACUGUCAAAUAGCCAAAUCAAACAGUAUUGGCGAAAUUUAGGAUGUUGAUAAAAUUGGUAACAUACAAUUACAUCUAGUUAUCUGAACGGUUAAACAAAAAGACAAUCAAAUAAAUUAAUUGACUGGCUAUUUACCACAUUGCCACUCAUAGAGUUGUUACAAACCACUUUUAGGUAAUAAUAGCUGAGCAUGAUUAUAAGGAAAAGAGUGCAAGCCAUUAAUGCCUUAAAGUGUAAGUGGUGGUGGUGGAUUGCACAACAGGUUUAAAGUUCAUACAAAAUAGAAGCUUCGCGAUAGAACUAAGUUUAGUGAAAAUCAGACUGAUGGUUGAAUUGUAAAAAACUACCUUUACCACUAGCAUGAGGAGUCGUUUUUACUUUUAUCGUACAAACGCGAAUCACAAACAACGAUAUUAAAUACCCUUGAUACACCACGAGCACUCAAAAUGUGUCCCAAUCAAGAAGUGCUUGAACUGGACUCAAGCACUUCUCGGUUCACAGUCACGCGCGGACCGUUACAAAGUCAAGAUGCCACAGAGGUCCGCGAAAAAAGCGAAAAUAAUACUUAGAGUACGAAAAGUGCCAAUUUUUCGACAGGUAUCUAGUCAAUGUUUGUUAAUUUAACGCAUUUGAAGUAAAUUUUGAUCUAAUACUUACUAUAAACUGAUUUAAUAUUAAAUAUGUGAUAUUCAAAUGCAUGUUCGGUUAUACGUCGCCAUAUAGCCGUGUCUUUUCCUCGCGGUCCGUGCCUGCUAUAUUGCUAACAGCGCGUUCAGAAUUGCGCGUAGAGUCAAAGAACUAAGGACUAAAUUCUUCCGCAUAUAGCAAUAAGGCAUAAAAUUUUACGAACUAGUAUUCCGAACUGUCAGAAGUCCUUGACGCAUGCGUUUUAUUUAAGACCUUAUACAGUAUGUUUUAUAGGUUACUUUCAAUAUUUAAAUAAUGCCUUAUGUUGAUUUUGACUACACGAUCAUCUUAUAGAGCUCCGUUGAUCGUUCAAUGUACCUUUUGGACAGGUUUCGGGCACGAUUUUAUUCGUGUUGGUGUAUUUAGGGUAUUUAAUAUCGUUGAUCACAAACCUCAAACUUAGGACCUACUUGGUAGUUACGGUUUAUACAACUUAUUUAAAAAAAUAGGACCUUCAAUAACUUUUUUUGACCUAGCAACAAAAUCUUUAUUAACAGAUUAGUAAAGUUUGUGAUAGCGCAUAAAGUUCAACAUUGCGCAUACUUUUAGCUUCACAAAUAAAUGAUAUGUUUAUGCACUCAUAAAUAAAGAUUAAAUUUCUGAUUAGACGCACAAAAAGUUCAUCUGCGUGUAAUAAAAAGCCUCAAUUAAACCAAUAUUCUAGUUCGUUUUGACUUAUCCAAUCACUAUUCGUAACAUUAAAUCUUCUCUUAGAUCCAUUAAACCACUGUCAUUCUUUUGCAAUUAACUAUAGUCUACUAUAGUUUCGACAAAUGACUCCACCCUAUCUGAGGUUAAGUGACAGUGAAGUCCAGACGCGACGCUGCAUGUUGCUUCUUCACGUCUCUUUUGAAGGCUCCCAGGUUGUAAGAUGGAAGGGAACACGUGAGCGGGCAGAGCAUUCCAUUUACGGAUUUUAUUUCUAAUAGGAAAGAGUUCCUUUUGGCUUCUCAAAUUAUAAGUUCAUGUCUUAGGUUGGCCGACAUUACAGUUCGUUAUCGCUUAUCACUGUCACUAUGAGUCGUCUUGACUGGUUGCUACUUGUGCUAAGUAAACUUGUUGCUGGGGCUGAUGUUGCGCUUGCGACGAAACCUGUACGCAAAAUUGUGUGAUUUUAUUAUUACUAAAAAAAAAUAACCCAGUGAAGGUUUGGAUGGUACAGUGAUGGUAUGUGUAAUCGUUAAGCAAGUUUCGAAAUGGUUUGUCGGGAUAUUCCGUGCUUCGGAAGGCACAUUAAGCCGUAGUUAGUUCUAUUUGAGUUGUUAGCACCCACUAAUCCAUAAUAGCCCAGCGUGGUGGAUUUUAACCUGUGAGAAGGGCUUGUGCCCCAGCAGUGGGGGCAUUAAUAGGACGAUGGUGAUGAUUUUAACCUAAUGACUCUUUUGAUCGCGGGAUCGAUGAAAUAUCUAAAGAACCUGCACCCUCCGCUAUCCGGGAGGAUGCACUGACCAUUAUGCUACCGCGGCCCUAAUAGGGUAUUUGACAGUAUUAAAAAUAAAGUGCCAAAUAUUAGCAUCUCUGUUUAGAAUGAAUAUAGGCAGGGGUUUUUACAUUUUUACAAAAAAAUAUUCAUAAUUUUACUAAAAACCCACGAAGAAGAUAAUAGUUUUCUUAUCUAUUGUCACGUGACCUAAAACGCUUGGGAUUGGCGGAGCCCAAAAUGACAUCACACGCAAGUAAACUUCCGGUUAAAGUGACAUUACAUUGUAUAGUUUGGCGUUUUAAUAACAGUCGUGUGACGUCACACACUAGUAAGACGCCAUAUUGUCCAGAGAAACGUUUUCGCGGCAAUUGAAAAUGGAGUUUAUGAUUUGGUUAUUUUUUCUGAAAUACACAACAGAAUGAUGAAUGAGCUGUCAAAAUUCGUGCUUGGGUAAAGCACCAAGCACGAAUUUUGACAGCUCCGUAAUCGCAUCGCACCGUCAAAGUUUCUAUGAAAACUAAGCAGCGCCCCUGCCGGACGUAAGAACAAACUGGUUCCUUUCAUACAAAAUUUGAUAAUGGCGAUACGAUUACGGACUGAGCCUCUGAACACAUAUUAUAAAUGCAAAAGUGACUUUGUUUGUGACGACUCUCAUAGCUAAACUGCCGAACUAAAUAAUGAUAAAAUUUAGCAUAGAGAAAGACGGGACAAUAGUUUUCUACUAAUAAUACUUAUUAGUUAUUUAUACCUGUAUGAUUUGUGGAGAUUGCUGAGCUUGUGCUUGUAUGAUGAUAGGCUGCGUCGGGUUGUUCUGAACUUGCAGCCGGAUCAUGUUCAGUUGUGCUUGAGUCAGCUGGAUCUGUUAAAAUUUACGAAAUAAAUUAGUCCCAUGUGUGUCACGAAGGCACAUUAAUCACGAAAGUAGGAAAGAUAAGUAGAGCAUAACGGAUUUUUCGCUUGCAACUUAGUCAAAGACGAUAUAAAAAAAUCUUUAAUCGUAACGGAAGCAUAGUACAACUCUUGAAUCGAUCAAAUUUUUGUCCUUAUUUUAUUAUUGUUAUGGAGUAAAAUGGAUUUAACAAAACAGAAAAAGAGGAGCUAUUUUCAUUUAACAGAUUUCAGUGAAGUAGCUUCGCUCUUUGGUGGUUCACGACACGUUGAGUGCCAUGGGUUGGAGCCCCACUGUCCCCGCGUUCCCACUGUCCUCCUACCGUCAAUAUACUAACCGGCACCUGAUGCAACUCUCCUGAAGGCGUCAUCACUUGCUGCACGGGUUGGAGCCCCACUGUCCCCGCGUUCCCACUGUCCCCCUACCAUCAAUAUACUCACCGGCACCUGAUGCACCUCCCCAGAAGGCGUCAUUACUUGCUGCACGAGAGCCACAGGCUGGGGCCCCACUGUCCCUACGUUCCCACUCGUCCCCGCAUUUCCCCCUGAUCCACUUGCCUAAAAACAUAUAUUUCAUUUUCACUAAUAUAGGUAUUUAUUUACACGGAACACGGUAUGUUACAUGACACAGCGCCGCUCGGAUGUUUUAUUAUGCACUUUUGUUAGACACUGAGUCUACUUGUUUUUAUACGUCAAUGUUCUCACCAGAUGGCGCCCCUGUUGAGUGAGGUUCUCAAGUGUGACUGAUAAAGUUUGCUAAUACGCGCAUGAAAUACGCAUUUAUUAUGCAGUUAUGAUUAUUAAAUAAAAUUACGAAAACCGACGAGGCCGUAUUUAAUUGGACCAAUGUUUCGAAUGUUAACUUUAACUUUUAAUUGUCAUUAUUUUUAAUAAAUGCUUAUCUCAUAUUAUUAUUGUGUUAUUUUUUUCGCAAAUGGUACGAAAAGUAAAGUAUUUUCCUCAGUGAUAAAGCUGUCUUAGUCUUGGGUGAACUUAACACCCUCGCUACGCUCGGGAGUAAACCUGGAGUUCUUCGUUACGCUCGCGAUUUAAAUCGUCACCCGCGACAGAAGACACUGCUUUAUCCCCUUGGUUAAUAAUCUAGUAUUACAUAAUUUAAAUCAUAUUUUUCCGAAAGAUAAUAUUGUUCCAAAGCACUGACAUUUAUUGACCCAUAACUCAUAUUGGCAAUAACUGAUCUGAGUUAUUGCCAAAUAUUUACAACAACAUUAUUUUAUUAGAAAACUUGCGUAGCCAACCCACUUUUGACAAAAAUUUGUCAUUUCGGAGACCUCACGCCACACAAGCGCCUCUAGCGGUGGAUUAUAUGUGAUACAUAGAUCAAGCUUUUGCUUCAUUUUCCUAAAUUGGAGGAAGAGUACCGCUGCUCUGUACAGGCUUUCCACCUAGUUCAGGUACAUACCGGUAUCUCACAAUCUUUGCUGUCUUUAUCAAUUUUAAACUAUGUUAGGAUGUACCUAUAGAUUGUGGAAUAACAAUAAAGAUUUAUUAUUUUGUUUUAAACUUUCAUGGUCUCUAACAUUAUAGUAAUAUAAUUUAUUUACGGGAUUGUUACCAUGUACCUUGCUUUUAAUGAGUUCCGAUAUUUCGGCAAUGUUGCAAGCGCCAUGAUCACGGAGUAACAGUGCCAAAAUAUCGGAAACUCGCUAUAAACAAGGUACAAGGUAACAAUCCCGCAAAUAACUUAUAUUACUAUAAAGAUUUGUUAUAGCCCUUAUUGUAUUUACCUGUACGACUUGAGCGCAGGGCUGCAACACAAUUUGCUGGGGUGCAGCGUUCUGUAGGGUAGUAUGAUGUUCUUGCGUCAACUGUGACAAAAGUAACUCUUAUUCAUUUCCAAUAUUACAACAAAUGGCAAUUGUAUAGUCGGUAAAAUGUAUCGAUCGACAGUAGCGUAAUUUUAAGAGAAAAAGCCUACUAUGGUCAAAUUUCGUUUUAAUUUUAUUAAAAAAACCGAAAAUGGCAUUUAUCUGCCCUACAAUGUUGUUGCAGAUGUGAAAAUUUUGAUAUCUACAGAUGCGGAUUUCAGGAUACUGGUGUCGACUCUGACAUGAUUCUCUAAACAUAAAACUAAAUUUGUUAUUAGUCUUUCCUUUUCAUUUUGUAUAGAGAAUGACAAGGAUACACUAUUUUCAAAUAUAAGUUAGGUUCGGAGAAUCAUGCCAGAAUCGACACCAUUAUCAAGAUAUUUUAAUUUUAAGUUCAUAAAUAAAUAUGAAUCAGUUUUCAUUUUAAUGUUUAUUUAAUCAUAUUAAUUUUAAGAAUAAAACAGUUUUCAUUCUUCUUUAAUAUUGUUUUAAGCGCGUGCCACUUUGGCCCCACCCACAUUCUUCAGAUGUCGUUACUUGUUGAUAUUAAUCCACAUCCGUAAAAAAUCCCCAUCAUUGUAGCGGAUGCGGAUGGAGAUGUCUGAAUUAAUGAGAAUAUUAAGCAUUGGCGGAUCCGGAUGUGAAUAUCCGUAACACCCUGCUGUGUGUCAUUUUAGACACCUCGGAGAUGACCUCAAAUAGCCGAGUGGUUUGUACGCCGGGUUUCAUGAUAUCGCCCACUCGAGAGGUCCCGGGUUCGAAUAGCGGUGGAGGCAGAUGUUUGUGUGAUGAAUACGAGUAUUUGUACUCCAGUCAUGGAUGUUUAAUAUGUUUUUCUAUAUUAAUAUACUUAUUUAUGUACUGUAUAUGUAUUCUAUCCGUUACCCUAGUAUCCCAUAACACAAGCCUUACAGUGCUUACUUUGGGGCUAGGCUAAUUGGUGUGAGUGGCGGAAAUAUUUAUUUAUUUUACUAGUAGAGCUGAAAUUGCAUUAGAAAAUUUACCUUUAUGCUUUGCUAACCACGUAAAUGUGGACUUAUGAAACGAAAAAUCAGUCAGCCUCCAUAAUGAUAUUUUUACCUGUUCAGUAACAGUGGUUGGUCGGUGUAUCUCCUCCCGGGGCUUGCUGACUUUACUAGCCUCAUGUCGUGGCACAAUGUCAAUCAGGAAGUCGAACUGAUCUGACUUCGAUAUCGCCAUGGCAAUGUCAUUGCGCUUAAAAAAAGAUGCUGUUUUAGUAGAUUCUGUUAUUGGGUUUAUAUAUAAAUAUUUUCAUUCCACUUUAAAAGAAUGAAAUUAUAAAUUCCUGACAUAAAUUCUUGAUGUAUAAACUCACAACCGCGCUCAAAAAGUAUCGGAAGCAAAAUAAGCAUUUGUGCGUAAUUUUCAAAUACCGUGUCGACCGCGUUUUGAUUAUGCUACAUAUGACAGUUAAAAACAGUGCAAAUGAGACAUCUAAACAUCGAUAUUAAAUACCCUAGAUACACCACGAGUGCUCAAAUUGUGUCCCAAUCAAGAAGUGCUUGAACUCCACUCAAGCACUUCUCGGUUUACAGUCACGCGCGGACCGUUGAAAAGUAAAGAUGCCGCAGAGCUCCGUGAAAAAAUGCGAAAAAAAUAUUAAUAGUACGUAAAGUGUCGUUUUUUCGACAGGUAUCUAAUUAAUGUUUGUUAAUUAACGCAUUUGAAGCAAAUUUUGUUCUAAUACUUACUAUAAACUGAUUUAGUAUAAACUAUGUGAUAUUCAAAUGCACGGCCGGUUAUAAGUCGCCAUAUAGCCGCCUCUUUUCCACGCGGUCCGUUCCUGCUAUAUUGCUAACAGCGCAUUCAGAAUUUCCCGUUAAGUCAAAAUCAUAAGGUCUAUAUUCUUCCCCAUAUAUAGGAAUAAGUCGUAAAAUUUUACUAGCUUGCAUUUCGAACUGUCGUAAGUCUUUGACGUAUGCGUUUCAUUUAUGACCUUAUAGAGUAUGCAUUAAAGGUGACUUUCAAUGUUUAAAUAAUGCCUAAUAUUGUUUUUGGACACGCGAUCAUCUUACAUAGCUCCGUGGAUCGUCCAAUGUACCUUUUGGAGACGUUUCGGCCACGAUUUUGUUCGUGUUGUUGUAUCUAGGGUAUUUAAUAUCGUUGCAUCUAAACUUUAAAAAACAUGGAAAAACGCAAUUUUCUUGGCAAAAAUCCGUUUUCUAUCCUAUUGCUAAUUAAUUACAUUUUUAAAGCUACAGCAAAAUAUCUCUCCCGGUGUAAGCGUCACGUGUUCGUAUAUGCCUCCAUCACACAUCAAUCAAAGUCUGUCUAUCGCUCUCGUAUACAAUUGACAUUGAAUCUUACUGCCACGACAUAACGUGUUUAUUAGAACAAAUAUGUUAAUGUUAUGUUGUUAUUACUUGAUGAAUAUGUAUAAUGCAGGCCGCUCAGACGAUUUUUCAUGCACUUUCGUUAGCCAAUUGGGAGUUUACUUGAUUUUAUAAGCCAAUUAUUCCUAAGCAUAUUUUUGUACUAAAACCUUCAAUCAGCAAUUCAUAAUUAGUACUAGCUGUGCCCGCCGUGUUACCCUCGGCUAAAUUAAGGAUAUUUUCCCACAGUAAAACGUAGCCUAUGUGUUAAUCCAGGGUGUCAGCUAACUCCAUACCAAAUUUUAUUUAAAUUGCUCCUGCCAUGCCAAGACACAAACAUACACACUUACAAACUUUCGCCUUUAUAAUAAUUGUGUGAUUUGCUUUUUAAAGAUUAUGUGCCUGGUUUUUUACACAUUAUUCAAGUUCUCAUUAUCGCAGGACUUUAAGGAUCACUAUUAUUCCACCAAUCGGCCAAAACUACUUUAAAUUGAUGUUUUUUAUUACCUGUAGUGUCCUCCUCUUGUUAUCUUCAGUAUGGGACCAGGCUCGAAGGGUGAGCUCGUGUAUAAAUAUCUCUGCAGCCUUCGCAAACAGUAUGGGUACCUCUCCCGAUAUCAUUUUCACCUCUUCAUCCAGUUUCAUUAUUUUCUUAAUCCUCGCUAAUGGCAGAGCUGGAGUUUUAAAGUCCUCCUGUGGGGUGUAUAGGUCUUAAAAAAAAUUAAAAACCACAAACUUUUUACUUAAGAAAUAUUGCCUUCAAAGUAAUUGUUUAUAUAAUAAUUAAAUGGGGCUUAUUUGAAUGUCAUGUAUAUUCCCUAUUUAUAUGUGUGGAAGACAGAUGUCAAGAAUUACAUAUAUUUGAUAAAAUUAAUAUUUAGUAGGUAUAUACAUUAAAUACAUACGGAAGAGACUUUUUUGACAUCUUCCGUGACCUUGCCCCAGAACUGUUGCAAGGUCUGCUGUCCAUUGUCAUUGGUGGUGAUUUCUUCAGUGACUUCGGCUUCAACCUCUUCAGCCACACCAGUAGCUCCACCAUGAUCUCUGCGGUAAAGAUGGUCUGAUAUGUUUUUAGUUUUUAAUGACAUUAUUUGUAUAGUAUUGAAAUUGUAAUGUAAAUAAUUUACAUGUUCAUUUUUUAAUAAUAGAUAGUAAUAGGAAUUGUAUUUUUUUUGUUGGUUUUAUUUGAUAGGACAACUAUACUAUUAAAUUAUGUAUAUACAUACCUGUAAUAAUAGUAUAAUGUGUUUUAAAUAAAUUAAUAAAAAUAUUUUUUUAUUUAGUACUUAUUAUGAAAAUAAAUUAAGGUACCUAUUAAAUAUUUAAGGCAAGUUUUCAGUAACUUGAAAUUAGUCAAUAGAACCAAGAAGUUUAGUGAAACUUUUUUAUUGGCUGUAGUUACAUAGAUAGCAACUAUGUAGCCAUAAAUUUUUGAAACCAUAAAGGUUUCACUUAAUAAAUUACAAUAAAAAGCAGAAUAAGACUAAAAACAUUCUAAAAUUUUAUAUGGAGACUACGGUCAAGGAUGAUAUUUAUUAACUUCAGCGAUAGUGUUGAACUACGUAACGGGAACUUACGUAGGCACAAAGAAGCAUACCGACAUCUUGAAUGAUCAGCUAAACCAAGUGGGUUCUUCGAAAAUUCACCGAUUCCCGAACAAGUAAUAACAUAAAUAUUUUGUCGGCAAUCAAAAUAGAUAACCGCGGCUAAACUUCUAAAUACCACAGUAACCAAUAAUCAGUGUAUUAAACCGAGAAUCUCCAAUCACCAAUUACUGAGAAUGCACCAACUCCACGAUUCGUCCGCCGAUGACCA